UCACAGUGGCGUCGGCCACGUUCAGCGGACUCGGGAGCAAGAUGGCGAUUCCGGGCAGGCAGUAUGGGCUUAUUUUGCCAAAGAAAACACAGCAGUUGCUCCCUGUUUUGCAAAAACCAUCAGUGUUUGGGAAUGAUUCUGAUGAUGAUGAUGAGACCUCCGUGAGUGAAAGCCUUCAGAGGGAAGCUGCUAAGAAGCAGGCCAUGAAACAGACCAAACUGGAAAUCCAGAAGGCCCUUGCAGAAGAUGCUACUGUGUAUGAAUAUGACAGUAUUUAUGAUGAAAUGCAGAAAAAAAAGGAGGAAAAUAAUCCCAAAUUGCUUUUGGGGAAAGACCGAAAGCCCAAGUAUAUUCACAACUUGCUAAAAGCUGUUGAGAUCAGAAAAAAGGAACAGGAAAAAAGAAUGGAAAAGAAAAUCCAGAGAGAACGAGAAAUGGAAAAGGGAGAGUUUGAUGAUAAAGAAGCAUUUGUGACGUCUGCAUAUAAGAAAAAACUGCAAGAGAGAGCUGAGGAGGAAGAAAGAGAAAAGAAGGCUGCUGCACUGGAAGCAUGUUUGGAUGUAACCAAGCAGAGAGAUCUCAGUGGAUUUUAUAGGCACCUAUUAAAUCAAGCAGUUGGUGAAGAGGAAGUACCUAAAUGCAGCUUUCGUGAAGCCAGAUCUGGUAUAAAGGAAGAAAAAUCAAGGGGCUACUCCAAUGAAGUAAGUUCAAAAAGCAGAAUACCACAGGAGAAAUGCUUUCUUCAAACUGAUGUGGAAGUGGAGAAAAACCCAGAUGCAGACAGUGACUUUGAUGCUAAGAGCAGUGAGGAUGAUGAAGUAGAAGAAACUAGAGUGAAUUGCAGAAGGGAAAAGGUCAUAGAGACUCCUGAGAAUGACUCCAAGCACCACAGGAAUCAAAACCACUCUCGGUCACCUAGUGAAGAAAGAGGGCACAGUGCCAGACACCACACGAAAGGAUCACGAACAUCGAGAGGACAUGAGAAAAGGGAAGAUCAGCACCAACACAAGCAAUCCAGAGACCAGGAGAACCAUUACACUGACCGCGAUUACUGGAAAGAAAGGGAUUCUCAUAGGCACAGAGAGGCCAGUCAUAGAGAUUCCCAUUGGAAGAGGCAUGAACAGGAGGAUAAACCAAGGGCAAGGGACCAAAGAGAAAGAAGUGACAGAGGGUGGAAAAGGGAGAAAGACAGGGAGAAGUAUUCCCAAAGAGAACAAGAAAGAGAUAGACAACAAAAUGAUCAGAACCGACACGGUGAGAAAGGAGAGAAGGAAGAGAAAAGCAAAGCAAAAGAAGAGCAUAUGAAAGUAAGGAAGGAAAGAUAUGAAAAUAAUGAUAAAUACAGAGAUAGAGAAAAACGAGAAGUAAGUGUUCAAUCUUCAGAAAGAAAUCGAGACAGAAAGGAAAGCAGCCCAAAUUCUAGGGCAAAGGAUACAUUUUUUGACCAAGAAAUAUCCAACAAAAUGAGAAACAUGGCAAAGGACAAAGAAAGAAACCAGGAGAAAGCCUCUAAUUCUGAAUCAUCCCUGGGAACAAAACACAGACUCACAGAGGAAAGGCAAGAGAAGGGUAAAGAACCAGAGAGACCACCUGAGGCAGUGAGCAAGUUUGCAAAGCGGAACAAUGAAGAAACUGUAAUGUCAGCUAGAGACAGGUACUUGGCCAGGCAGAUGGCGCGGGUUAAUGCAAAGACCUAUAUUGAGAAAGAAGAUGAUUGAUGGCUACCCUAAGAGAAAGAUAGUUUGGAGGGCAUUUUAAAUUUUAUUUUCAAAAUAUUAGGUUAAAAUCAAAAGUCGGUCUUAAAGUUUGGAUGUUUGGCUGAAUUUAUAUAUAGUAUGUACUCAUCAUUACCACAUUCUUUGUUGUAUUCAAGAACUGUGAGAGUGUGCUAAUUCCCUGUAGGUACAUAAUGAGGAAAAUUGGCUCCACCACAACCAUUAAAAAAUAAUUUUGGCCAGAUGUGGUAGCUCGUGCCUGUAAUACCAGCAUUUUGGGAGGCCAAGGCAGAAGGAUCACUUGAGACCAGGCAUUCAAGACCAGCCUAGGCAGGAUAAUGAGACCUUGCCUCUAUUUAAAAAACAAAACACCUGGCAUGGUAGUGCAUGCCUGUAGUCCCAGCUGUUCGAGAGGCUGAGGCAGGAAGAUCACUUGAGCCUAGGAAUUUGAUGUUACAGUGAGCUGUGAUCAUACCACUGCACUCCAACCUGGGCGACAGAAUGGGACCCUGUCUCUAAAAAAAAAUUUUUUAAUAAAUAAUUUAACUCUUCUAAUAAUGUUUUGUUGCAGGAGCUGUUUGUUUUAUAAAUAUUGUAUUUCAGAUGAAAUAUGGAUUUGAAAAAUAGAAAAUAUACUUUAUGUUCUGAAAUUUGUAUUAAAGUGUAAAAUGUGAAUCAUACAUCUUGUCUAGCUUACAGCAUAGUUGGCUUAAAUGAAAAUAAAAUGAUAUGCUUAUACAUUU